AUGACAUCUGUGGAUCUAAAAUUUUUCACCCUCCUACUUUUCCCCAUUUGCAUUGGAAGCCUGGGGAAUCUCUCACUUUUAUGCCAAUAUGUCUUCAUUUACUUCAGUGGAAGCAGGUCUAGGCCAACAGAUUUUAUUCUCACAAACCUGACAGUGGCCAACCUGUUAGUCAUUCUCUCCCGAGGAAUCCCAGACACCAUGUCAGCUCUUGGGAUGAAAGACUUUCUUAAUAAUUUUGGGUGCAAACUUGUUUUCUAUGUUUUAAUGGUGGGCAAGGGUGUGUCUUUCAGCACCACCUGCCUGCUGAGUGUCUUCCAGGCCAUCACCAUCAGCCCCAGGAGCACCAGGUGGACAGAAUUGAAAGUGAAAGCCAUAAAAUACAUUGGGCACUGUACCAUCCUUUUCUGGGUCCUGCACAUGCUGGCAAACAUCAGAGUUCCUAUGCUUGUGAGUGAAAAAACCAACAAUGAAAAUUUAACAAACACUAUAAAUUAUCUAUACUGUUCAGCUACAACUACUACCCAGGACAAAAAUACCAUUUUUGCAUCAUUGUCUUUAUCACAUGAUAUUUUGUGGUUGAAACUUAUGAUCUGGAGCAGUGGCUCCAUGGUUUUCAUUCUAUACAGGCACAAGCAGCGAACAAAGCACAUUCACAGAUACAACAGUUCCUCGAGAACUUCCCCUGAAACCAGAGCUUCUCAAAGCAUCUUCAUCUUGGUCUGUGCCUUUGUUUCCUUUUAUGCCCUGUCUUCCAUCACAUACAUUUGGUUUUCUAUUUAUGACAGAUCUGCUUGGUGGUUGGUUAAAACUUCUGCCUUAACCAAUGCUUGUUUCCCUACUGCUAGUCCAUUUAUUCUCAUGACUCGUGAACACUGUGUAUGCAGGUGCAUGUGGAAGAAGUGA